GAGUCUUACAGGAAGAGGAUUGAUUUCGAAAGUUGUUUUGUUCUAUCUGUUGAAUGCCUGGCGGCCACACCGCCGAGCGGCUGCGCUGGAAAGCACCUGAAGUGAUUCCCGCUGCACACAGCCUCCACCGCGGCCAUGACGCUUUGAUACACACCUGACGGAAGCAGCAGCAGGUAAGAGCAGAGCAUAGACAUGGCCAUCGCACACGUGGCUACAGAGUACAUGUUCAGCGACUUUCUGCUGAAGGACCCGAACCAGGCUCGAUACCGCAACGUUCGAACGGAGCUCGCCGUGGACAAGAUCGUGACCUGCGUGGCCGUGGGCCUUCCCCUCCUCCUCAUCUCUCUAGCCUUCGCUCAGGAGGUCUCAGUCGGUACUCAGAUCAGCUGCUUUGCUCCAACUAACUUCUCAUGGAGGCAGGCAGCUUAUGUGGACUCCUUCUGCUGGGCGGCUGUGCACACACACACUCUACCUCUGUGGCUGCACAAGUUCUUUCCUUACAUCCUGCUGCUGGUGGCCGUUCUCAUGUACGCCCCGGCGUUGUUCUGGAGAUUUUGCGCUGCGCCGCUCCUGCAGUCUGACCUUGCCUUCAUCAUGGAAGAGCUGGACCGCUGUUAUAACCGUGCCGUCACUCUGGCCAAACGGAUGGCGACAGCAGAGCAGCCGUCCACUGACAGCGAUCCCACCGAGGGCUGCUUCCAUUACCCAAUGGUGGAGAAGUUCUUGAUGACCAAGCGCUGCUCGCGGAAGCUGAUCUUUUACUACCUCCUGUGCCGCCUUCUGACUCUGCUCACCCUGCUCUGCGCCUGCAUCUACCUGGGCUACUACCUCCGCCUGGCCUCCACUACAGACGACUUCGGCUGCAAGCUGCGUGUCGGCCUGCUCGAGUCAGACUCUGGCGUCCCCGACAGGGUGCAGUGUAAGCUCAUCGCCGUGGGAGUCUUCUCCUUGCUGAGCUUCGUAAACUUGAUCGUCUUCGCCACGUUGAUUCCAGUUGUGAUCUACGCCAGUCUGCGUCCCCUCUACUGCUAUGGCCACGCUCACUUCCUCGAAACCUACCAAUCGCUGCCCACUGUGAGCGUCCUGCCCAAACCCGGUGGCCAAUGUGAUGAUCUCUCGCUCUACCUGCUCCUACUGGAGGAGAACAUCAGUGAAGUGAAAUCCUACAAAUAUAUGAAGGUGUUGGAGAUGUUGAGGAGACGAGGCGAGCACGCCGGAGAAAGCUUCGACCCCAUGGGCCUGCUGCAGAAUCUCUGCCUGGUGAAGAUGGACAACGUAGACGGGUUGAAACCCACCGGUGCUUCAGCGAUGUGUGAUAAUGACACGGAUGCUCCCGAGGACAUCUGCGAGGGUCCAAACUCGUCCAAAGAAAAUGGCAGCAAGACGGAAACGGAGAUGAAAGAGCUCAGACCUCUGCUGAAAGAGAACAAAGAUGCAGCAGGAAGCAGCGACGGAGGCGUUCUCCGUCAGAGACCGAUGUGAUGAUUCAGCGUGGGAUUAACAAACUCAGACUUUACAUCGUUUUCUUCAGAGGAGAGAGGAUGGAGAGUUUGUUUUUUUUGUCUGUCCGGUAGAUUGUGGAAUAAUGGCAGGACGCUGGAGGAUGAUUGGCUAAAACUGCUGAUGGUACUGAUUUCGACUUUCUCUGAAUUUUUUUUUUUUUUAAGGACAAUUUCAAACACUACAAUCCUGAAAGCUUAACUUGGAUUUUUACAUUUUCUGACACACAAUCACUGAAUAUGGAGCUCCUGAAAGGUCGCACUGGGGAACAUCUUUCCUCCUGACGAUGCUUUUAUAUUCCCGCUGUCGUGUUUUGGUCCAGCCUUCGUGUAUUAUGUGAUGUAUGCAUUGAUCAUUUACACAGCCACUUCCUGCAUGCAGAGCUUUAUAAAAACAUCUGUUUAUAAAAACACUGUGACCCAGUUCCACCUCUGCUACCUCGGUCGCCCUUAUCCGCUCCCUGUGAGAAUCUAGCUUCCUGCAGGGUCGUUCGUUAGGAUUUUUAUGCAUAAACAAAGCAGCGAAUCAGAGCAAUGUAAUGUUGUUUUCUGUCUGUUUUACAUUUACGGUUCUCGCUCUAUCUGCUGAAAAAUCUCCCAGGACUUCAUCAAUAAGCCAAAAAAUAAGCCUGAACAACCUCAAUGACAGAUUCAGACUUUUUUGGCCUUUGCUGUGUCUCAGGGUGUUUACACAGGCUUACUGCAUGGAACGUCUUCAUGGACGUAGUGUCAGUCUGAUAAACCUGCAUUCUUUCUAGCAGGCAGCGACUUGGGCCACAAAAACACUUCUAGUUGUCUGUGUGAAAACAGCCUUCAGUGACCUCGGUAAACACUCUCUCCUGAUGACCUUGUGAGCUCAGCUGCAAGGUUCAGGCCAUAUUUAAUAAAACAUUAGGUUCUUUUUGUAAAUUAUGAUCGUUUAUCCUGUUGACUUGUCAGUCUCGAGUCGUGACACAGUCAGUUCUAUUCCCAACCGAUCACGUCAUGUUUCAAAAACACCCAGAUGGCAGCGAUCUAAACACUUGACACUAACCAGGGGGUGACAUUUAUUUACAGUCAUUUCAGGAGCUCCAUAUGGUUCCAUGAAUAACAGACAAAAGUUUACCUUCCAGUCAGGGUCUCGUUCAUGAGUGACAGAAGAACGGAGCAUCUGUGGAGACCUGAGCGUGGAAGUGAUGAGCUUCCUCUUCCUUUAGAGACCGGACGAGGCGCUCAGAGGAGAGCUGCUCCUCCUCCUGCCACUAAAACUGCUUUUAAAGUCAAUAUUGUCAGACUGAUUGUUCCUGCACGCUGCCUUAGUGGGAGAACGAGUUUUUCAUGCGAUUGUCAAUCACAUUUCAAGACAACGUUAGCGCUUUAAAGUAAAAUAAAAAUGAAACUGGAAUCAUUAAAAGGUAGCUAACUCAUGAACCUGCAGUCCCAGCGUUUGUUCGGGGUUUGGCUCCCCAGACUGAUUUCCUGCUUAAGAACUGAACGUUUUUCUCAUGUGUGGAUGUGAUUAAACUGUCCUUUGCAUGUCAAACUACAAGAAAAAGAGGUACGACUGCAUGAAGCUUGGUUUUGUGUAUUUAUUUUUAAGGUUACGAGGUUUUCUUUGUUUAACAUAGACAUAAAUAAUCCAAAGUCAGGUUUUAGGUUUUAUCGCUCUGAGAGAACUUGUGUAAAUCUCUCAGAUGUUCAAAAGUCUUGAUCUGGAAAUCGUCGUGUCUGCUGGGGGAUCUCAGGGAUAAAAUCCUCUCACUGGACUCUGUGUGAUAGUCGGUUUUUGUGUUUUUAAAGUGCCUGUGGAUCUUUUUUGCAUGCAUUGAUGAAACUUGUUCUCUUCACUCCACAGCAGUGACUGUUUUGUGAACUUCUUUGUGUGUUUUGAAUGUCAUGGCUGAGUAUUAUUGGGAUUAACAUUUGUGCAAUGUGUAAAGAGAGACUUGAUGUUGUAAACGUUUCCUGUGUUUCUGGAUUUGAAGUGAAAGUUUGUUCAUUCAUAAACACGACUGCAGUGGUUAAAACUGACCUCACCAUAAA